UUUCGUGAUGACAGUGCCGUGUCUGACGACGUUUCUUAUCUUGACAGCACCAGUGUUGUUUGUAUUGUGGAAUUAGUUGUGACCAUUAGUGCCAUAGUACUUGUGGAAGAUGUCGGACGUAAUCGAAUUGAAGAAAACUCUAAAAAAGUGGGAAGUGACAUUCUACAAAACAAAUAGCAGGAAACCAUCCAAGACUGACAUAGACAAUGCGCCUCAAGAAAUCAGAGAUGCUUACAAGAAUUAUGCCAAUUUGAGGAAGGAAAAUUCCAGUUCAAGUGCCAGUAAGAAAUCAGCUGAUGGAAAUACUGACAUAAAACUCAACACAUCAGGGGAGGCAACUCUUGACGAACAAAGACCCCAGAUUUUGCCUGCAUUUAAACAUGUAACCAGUAACAACAGUGAAUCUACACAGUCAGCUGAUGUGACCAACAAGUCAGAUGAAGAGAGAAAUACAGUCAGUGAUGUGGUCAAGUCGGAUGAAGUUUGGGGGAGCAGUUUAAACAAAGGCGUCACUGAUGGAUGCGUGAAAGAGAAGAAAAUCACAAAAGAGCAUCAAUCGAAAAACCUACUUGACAAACUGGGAAGCAAACUGUUCCAAAAUUCACAAAAGUUUUCAUCAGCUGGAAAGAAAGUGGAUCGUCAGAAGUCAUCAUGGCGAUGGACACAAAGUGGGUCAGAGAACACAGUGAACAAAGUUGUCGCAAGUACUGUAGUUCCGGAGGUUGAGCCAAGCACACCUUUUGAGGAUGUUGGGGGUGACCUUGACCUUGACAGUGUCAGUCACAGACCUGGGAGUGACUUUAAACAUGACAAACAGUCAGAACAAGCCAUUGAUGAGGUUGAUGGUGACCUUGUGCCGCCGUUUGCAAAUAAAGUAAAACAUUCCAUGUUUUCACCAACACCUAAAUUAUCAAAAGGUAGAAUUUCCACAAAAUCUCUCUCAGAUAAUGUUGAUGUACCAGGACAUUUAACUCUCACAGCUAGGAAAAAAUUCUCUGUAUCUGCUUUCAAACCUAAAGAACUAAAAAACCCAUUUCCCAAAGAUGAAACAGAUUCAUGUUCAAAUGAAGACACAAUAAAGGGAGAUAACUCUAUUCUCCCAUCGCAAACCAGAACAGUAAUGGAGGUGGAUGAGAGUAUGUUUGAACAAGAGUUUGCAGAAAACUUUGAGAUGCCUUCUUUUGUGUCAAGUAAAACAAGUACAAGAAAUACAUCAACUGGUGUAUCUAGAGAGAAAUAUACUUCCUUUAUGGGAGGUUUUGGGGAAGAUGAUGUUUCAGCGUCGACGUCGGUUGUGACGACGGAUGGCGUCACAGAUGUGUAUGACCCUGGUGAUGUCAGUGAUGAUGAGGAUCCCACGGAGAAGAAAAGUAACAAGCGGAAACAAAAGUCAGGGUCGACCUCAAGGAAGAGAGUGAAGGCUAAUGAUGGAAGUUCUUGUCCAGCAGGUGAUGUUCCUGAAGACCAGGAAGAAGAUGGGGCUGUGGUCAAGAAGUCCAAGCCAAAAGCUGCUCCAAGAAAAGCGAUGGCAUCAAGGGCUUCCUCUGAGAACUUUGUUCGCUUGAACAUGAAGGUGAAAAAAUACAGACGUAAAGAUGGCCGCCAUAUGACAGGUGGACAAUAUAAGAGGAAUCAAUGGAAGCAGAAGAUGCAGGCUCGCAGCAAGAGUUAUGGUGAUAAAUGCUUCAUUUGUAACGAGACUGGUCAUUGGUCAAGAGACUGUCCACAGAAGAAUAGUGGAUCAAAGAAGGUGGUGGAAGAGAUUGACGAGAGUGACUUCCCCUCAAUCCAGGAGGCAGCACUGUUGGCCCAAGGAGUCCGGACACCUGCAGCCUCGACAUCAGUGGUGAGAACAUCGCAUGUAGAAGGCCUUGAAGACACACAGACAGGUGGCAUGCAGGACACACAGACAGACACCCAACCAAUCAAUGAAGACCCCAUGAUGGAUGUGGAGAUGUCGAUUGUCAGAUCACGGCGGGAGGUUGUGGUGCCGCCCAAAUCUUUGGAACCUUUUGUAGCAUUACAGCCCAAUGGAGAACUUCCUGAAACGUCAGACAUACCUGAUCUGAAAACUGGUUUGAAGAAGUUUGGUUUCAAGCAGUUCCGUCCAGGUCAAGAGGAGACAAUAAAGAGAAUUCUGUCAGGGUUAUCUACCCUUGUUGUGCUCUCUACUGGUGGAGGCAAGAGUCUGUGCUAUCAACUCCCUGCAUACAUCUAUGGCCAACGUUCUCGAUGUCUAACCCUAGUUGUCUCCCCUUUGGUGUCCCUCAUGGAAGAUCAGGUGACUGGCCUUCCCGCUGGUGUCCGAGGAGCAUGUCUGCACGCCAACAUGACCCAAGCCCAGCGUGAUGGCAUUAUUGCAGCAGUGAAUGAUGGGAGUGUCCACUUCCUGUUGAUGUCCCCCGAGGCCAUUGUGGGUGGUGGUGGAACAACGAAGGGGGCUUUCCCCCCUUCAGAUAAACUGCCGUCAAUACCGUUUGUGUGCAUCGAUGAGGCUCAUUGUCUGUCAGAAUGGUCACACAACUUUAGACCAUCAUAUCUGAGAUUGUGCAAGGUGCUGCGAGAAAGAUACGGAGUAAAGUGCUUCUUGGGCCUCACUGCCACAGCAACAAAGUCAACAGCACAGGAUGUCGCAAAGCAUCUUGGGAUAGAAGAUGUAGAGAAGGCAACCGUCCGAGGACUUCCUAUUCCCAAGAAUUUGGUCCUGUCUGUAUCUCAGGAUGACAACAGGGAUGAGGCUCUGGUGCAGCUCCUGCAGGGUGACAGGUUCCGGGACUGUCACUCCAUCAUCAUCUACUGCACACGACGGGAACUGACCAAUCGUGUUGCUACAUUACUACGCACAUGUCUCAAGGAACAGGAAGUGGAUCUCAAUGAAGCAGUGGAACAGCCAAAGGGGAAAGGAAAGAAGAAAAAGUUUUCAGUUGCUGAAAGUUACCAUGCUGGCCUUACACCUGCACAGAGAAAACGAGUGCAGAAGAACUUCAUGGGCGGACAACUCCGUAUCGUCGUGGCAACAGUUGCGUUUGGCAUGGGACUUGACAAGUCUGAUGUGAGGGCAGUAAUCCACUACAACAUGCCGAAGAGCUUCGAGGGUUACGUACAGGAAAUAGGGAGAGCUGGACGUGAUGGGAGGACUUCGCACUGCCACCUCUUCCUGGACCCACAGGGCAAGGACCUGAGUGAGCUGAAGCGUCACACAUAUGGUAACACAGUGGACAGAUUUGCCUUGAAGAAGCUUGUGCAGCAGGUCUUCAAGAAAUGCCGAUGUCUUGACAUUCAUCAGUCUCGGCAGAACUCUCAGAACACCCAGGUUAUAGUUGUCUUGAUGAUUCAUACGCCAGUCUUGUCAAACAGUAUCAUGUACAGGCUUGAAGGCAACAUGGUUUUCAACAAUGAAGCUUUUGGUCAUAUUGAUGGAGGUGAGGAAAUCAUGUGA